AUGACUUUGACUUCAGAUACAAUACACGUUUCACGAGAAAUCGGUGGUAAUGUAAUUAUGCAAAUCCCUGAUGUCGACAGAGGAAAAGCAGUUCUACGUAAUAUAGUCGGAGUGGUACUUCAAAAAAAUGAUCAGGGUUUUCACAAGAUAGAAACGCAAUAUGGAAUGCUCGACAAAUUAUAUUGCAGAUAUGUACUAUAUAUCUAUGUGCAUGUGUUGUCAGAAUUCGACAAGUGCAAAGAUAAAUUUUUGCAUGAAGAAGAUGUUCCGAAUAUAAAUUUACCUUUGGGAACUGUAACUAAGGAAGCAGACAUAGGAACAGGCAAAGGAUUUAUGCGCUGCGUAUGCAUGAAAGGAUGUAUGACAAAAAGGUGUCUCUGCAUGAAAAAUGGUUACCUUUGUAACUCAAAAUGUCACGAUAGUUUGUCUUGCAAUAACAAGUAA